UUGCUUAAAUUCAACUGCAGCCACACUCCUCUACCUUUUUCUCUCUCUCUCUCAGAGCAAAGUCUCCAAUGGCGUCUCUGGCCUGCUCGGCUCCCGACCUGGCCCAACUGCUGGGCCCAAACAGCACCGCCGCCGCCACCUUCAUCUGCGAGCAAUUCUCCGCCGUCGACUCCAAGUUCAACGACACCUCCUACGCCAUCGACACCACCUACCUCCUCUUCUCGGCCUACCUCGUCUUCUCCAUGCAGCUCGGCUUCGCCAUGCUCUGCGCCGGCUCCGUCCGCGCCAAGAACACCAUGAACAUCAUGCUCACCAACGUCCUCGACGCCGCAGCGGGCGGCCUCUUCUACUACCUCUUCGGCUUCGCCUUCGCCUUCGGCGGCCCCUCUAACGGCUUCAUCGGCCGCCACUUCUUCGGCCUCAAGGAAGUCCCCAACUCCAGCUUCGACUACAGUCACUUCCUCUACCAAUGGGCCUUCGCCAUCGCCGCCGCCGGCAUCACCUCCGGCUCCAUCGCCGAGCGGACUCAGUUCGUCGCCUACUUAAUCUACUCCUCCUUCCUCACCGGCUUCGUCUACCCCAUCGUCUCCCACUGGAUCUGGUCCGCCGACGGCUGGGCCAGCGCCUUCAACACCGAGAACCUCCUGUUCGACUCCGGCGUCAUCGACUUCGCCGGCUCCGGCGUCGUCCACUUGGUCGGAGGCAUCGCCGGCUUCUGGGGAGCUUUUAUCGAAGGUCCGAGAAUCGGCCGGUUUGACCAUUCCGGUCGCUCCGUUGCUCUUCGGGGCCACAGCGCCACCCUCGUCGUUCUCGGCACCUUUCUUCUCUGGUUCGGGUGGUACGGGUUCAACCCGGGUUCGUUUAACAAGAUCCUAGUCUCCUACGGCGCUACCUACUACGGCCAGUGGUCCGCCGUCGGAAGAACCGCGGUCACCACCACUCUCGCCGGCUGCACCGCCGCGCUCACAACUCUCUUCGGGAAGAGAAUCGUCUCCGGCCACUGGAACGUCACCGACGUCUGCAACGGCCUCCUCGGAGGCUUCGCUGCCAUCACCUCCGGCUGCUCCGUCGUCGAGCCCUGGGCCGCGAUCAUCUGCGGGUUCGUCGCCGCCGCCGUCUUAUGCGCCUGCAACAAACUCGCUGAGAAGGUCAAGUACGACGACCCCUUGGAGGCGGCUCAGCUCCACGGCGGGUGCGGCGCGUGGGGGAUCAUCUUUACCGCGCUUUUCGCGAGCAAGAAGUACGUGAACGAAGUGUACCCGGGUGUACCGGGUCGACCCUAUGGGCUGUUCAUGGGCGGCGGAGGCAAGCUGUUGGCGGCCCAUGCGAUCCAGAUUCUGGUGAUAACCGGGUGGGUCAGCGCCACCAUGGGCCCUCUCUUCUUCAUUCUUCACAAGCUUAAGCUGCUGAGGAUUUCGGCCGAGGAUGAAAUGGCGGGUAUGGACAUGACCCGGCACGGUGGGUUUGCUUACGUCUACCAUGACGAAGACGACGCGGGUAAACCGGCCGGGAUUCAACUUAGAAAAGUAGAGCCCAACUCUUCCACACCCAAUUCCGUUUAAAUUUUCUUUUAUUUUUAUGGGGUUUUGAAUAGUAAUAGUUGACUCUAGAUGUCAUCUAUACGAUUAAGAGUCUGUGUAAGAUAAUGGAGCUGUAAUUUGUUGUUGGUUGUUGGUGUUGAAGAUAAGGAACUGUCCUAAUGGUUUGCCACUUUGGUUUCUUUCA